AUGGCCGAAUUCAUAAGCAUCCUUGAGGAGAUCAAACAGUCACCGCCCGGACAACACCUCUUUUGCCCUCGACAGAACGACGAUGACCAAGACAGAUACGAAGAUGAGCGGGACCCCAGUGCUGUCGAAGCAGGCACAGUCGACCGAGAUCGGCUUGCAAGAAUUGAAGCAACCAAGAUCCGUAGGAGGAAAUUCAUGACGUCUCUGCAGCUGCUAGCCUACGACGGCCGAGAAAGUGAACAGUACCAACGCUUCAUAUGGGACACCCUGGACGAGGCCCUGGGCAAAUGUGAUAUUUGUAUCCGCGAGUACUACGUGGCAAAGGUGGAUUUCGAGGCCUCGCUGAGGGAAGACUAUGAAGAGGAAGACAUCAAGAAUUUCUUUGAAAUCAUCAACAGAAGGGACCUUCAGAGGAUCAUCCAAGGACUUGAUGGAGCUACGAAAACCCUCGACGAAGUUCCGGAGCAGAAAAGGGGGACCGCGGUGCUGGAUCACCGAGAUCUGCAUGCUUUGUUCGAGGCGUUGGUCUGCGACGUCUUCCUGCAGAACGAGGAGCUGUUGCAGAAGCACUUCGAUCGGCCCUUCAAGAUGAUCCAGGCCAAGAGACCGCUUAAGAUGCGAGAGAUUCUGCCGGCGUCCACCAAAUUCCUCUUCGACUCGAUGCCGGUCCGCUUGGGCUGGGCGACUAUGAUUUGGAAUCGAGUCGACCGAUGUCCAUCGGACCUCGAAUGGGACUGGGCCAUGAAAUCCUACAUCCAGGCGAAGUUGCAACAGGCCUCCGAGCCAGGUGAUGUCUCGAAAAUGUGGAGUGCGCUGAAGCUGAUUUUGAGCAAAUUGGAUGAGCGGAUGAUCACCUACAAGCUCUUCGACCUUCAUCCCAAUGUCGGUACGACAGCGUUGAACCAUCUGGCUAAACGCUCGCAGGCCGUUCCUUUCAUCUGCCAGUCGAUGAAGAUGAUUCUGGACACAGCACCCGCCGCCUUCUGGCAAGCAAUGGGCUCCAUCUCAUCUCAGACCAUCGUCGAACAAGUCUUUGCGAGCCCUCAGUUCAACAAAUACCUCCAAGAGUCCAGUGCGGGUCUUGGGCUGAAGGACAUGGAUGUGCUCUCAUGGAUUCCCUCACUUCUAGCUUCUCUAAAACCUGCAAACCGCCCUGCCGCUUCGCAAACCAUUGCCAGCCAACUGUUCGAAAGAAUCAACAAUACCAGCAUCAGCCUUCCAGCACGAGCUGAAUGCUUCAGGAUGGCUGUCAAAGUUCUGCUCACGACUAUUAUCAGCUUCUCGGACAACGAGACGAAUCGGCAGUCGGUCGAGCGGCUGGUACUGUUGGAUAUCUUGGGCUUGAUUGGACACCGUUUGGACGAGAUACUCAAACCCAGAGAUCCGGAUCUGGCCAAAUCCCUAGGGAAGGAGACGAGAGAUGAGAUCGUUAACGUCGUCAAGAAUUCGAUCGCCUUGGAGUGUCAAUGCCUGAAGUUGGAUUUUGAGACAUUGACCCAAAAGGAGCCACUUCGGCACGGCUCAAGCUCUUACACGCCGGAGAUCUGGACGGCGGUUAUCAAUAACCUGAAGGACGACGAGCCUGAAUUGUCUGCUGCGGCACUCAUUGGUAUCAUGCCACUCCCUGGUCUGGAACAGUUUCGGAUACGAGAAGGCCAAGCCUUGAUCAAGGAGAAAAAGUCGUAUAAUUCUAUCUUCGAUAAGCUGACCGGAAUGGUGGCCAAGCUGCUUCAGCGCAUCUCCGAAUUCAAGCCGGACCAUCUAGACUUCUUGUUCAGAGCUCAAAAUACCAGCAUGUCUCUGAUAGCCGCUUUGUUUUCACCUGACAACAAUACAUAUCAAGCAGCGAUUGAAGUCGUCAAGAAUAUCAGCGGCGAGUUUGGCCGGAAGGAAGCACUGGCUCAUUUAAUUGAAGCCUUCCUCGGAAUCACCAUCUACGGCGUAUGCUGGACGUUCCGACGAAUAGCCAAUUACAAGACUUUUGCCUCCGUUCCACGAAUGCUCAAAAACGGCAUGGAAAUCCUUGACGUGCUUUGCAACCCGACGAACGGACAACUACGAAAAGCCAACAUCUCAAGUAGGGAUGCAUCAGCCAUCCAGAACUACUGGGCUUAUCAGUGGCUGGCGCUCAAGGUGAUCUUCAGCCAAACGGAACGGUGGUCACUGGAGGUUCACGACAAAGAAAAGAUGGUGGAGGUUUGCAGAGAUGCCAUGCAAUAUGCCGAAGCGCUGUUUGACCAGUACGAUCUUUUCGCCAGCGUCCUCAUGAAAGCGAGACCUGAAAAAGCCGAAGACAUUCCCAAGACUCUCCUUGAUACUCGGGGCACCCAAGUGGGAUCUCCCUUGAACGCGCUGGAUGCCAUGUCAAGAUGGUUACGGCUUCGGGAUGAGUAUCUCGCUGAUACCUUAGUGACUCUCAUCACUAAUAUGCUGUACCGGCUGAAGCGGCAUCAAGCACUAACGACAGAUAGUGAUGGCUUAGCAUAUGUCCAAGAGGUUGCGACGAAGCAUUCCGUCAAGACCAUUCUCACCGCAUCCCAGAAGGCGAGACUGGUCCGGGCACUGGAGAACUACUACGACCGACCAAUUGAGUUGCCUGUGGCAAAGAAACAGACCACGCUCAACCUCAAGGAAUGGACAGACACAGCCACUUCUCGGUCAGGGGCGUCCACGCCAGACUCGAGAGGACGGAGCGUUGACGAGUUCGGCGAUGAUGACAUUGCGGACGAAGAUCUGAUUGAGAUUGCGAACAAGACGAUGGGUACGCAAAAGACCACAGUCACCAACAAGGAGAGAAACAACAUCAAAUCACUGCUCUCAAGACAGCCUGCAAAAGCGAAGCCCUCGUCCGCUUCUACCAUUGACGUCGCAGCCAAGAAGGCUCAGGAGGCUCGUGCGUUUAUUGAGAAUCGCAAACGUGAGGAGGCUGCCCGAAAACUUAGAGACAAGGAAGCUGCACUGAAACUGCGCGGCCAAACCGGCAUGGGCGUCCAGACUGCAGGUCAAGGCUCCGGUCUCACGGGCAUUGGCAUUAUUGGCAAAGAUCAUUCCGCAGGCCCGAACAGCCUUAUGGUGUCUUCCGAGUCCGAGUCCGAGUCGGAUUCCGACGAAGAGUUGUUCGGUAAGGUAACAAAGGGUGGACCGACGGUCCGUAGCCAGGCAGGAGUAAGGAAACCCGUUGUGGCCGGCCCUGUGCGGAAGAUCAAGCAAGUUCGGUCACAGAAGGAUGUUCGGGCUCGACUGGCACCAGACCUGAGCGACCUGCAUCGGACCAUACUCGGCUGGGACUUUUUCGCAGACACAGAUCUGCCGCCCAACUCGGCAAGGGAUGACUAUACCCUGGUCACGAACACCUUCCGGACAGUUCAAGACUACCAAAAGACAUUCGAGCCUCUUUUGAUACUUGAGGGUUGGCAAAGUUUCCGAGCCGCGCGCGAAGAAGGCAACUUCAAACCAUUCGAGGUGAAGGUGGCCAAUACCUUGAUUGUAGACAACUUCGUCGAGGUAAAUUCUUCCAUGUCUUUUGCGGAAGGAAAGGAACUGAGCAUUGGAACCUCGGAUGUGGUGCUGCUGUCGAAAUCCCCAACUCCUGAACAAGAUUCGCGCGAGCCACAUUGCUUAGCACGGGUCAAGGAGAUCAGUCGAAAGAAGGGCGAAGUACAAGUCGUCUAUCGUGUCAGUGCAUCAAACAAUCCCUUACGGCCAUAUUUGAACGACAAGUCGACCGUAUAUGGAGUUCAGAUAUUAUCUCUGACCCCGUUGGAACGAGAAUAUGGUGCGCUGAUGGCAUUGCAGUACUAUGAUCUGUGCGAAGAGAUCAUCAACGCAAAACCCUCGCCCAUACUGGACUAUCCGGAUAGGAUACUGGAACCUUUCCAGAAGACUUACGAGGUGAACCAAGCUCAGGCGAAAGCCGUCAAAUCAGCCCUCGACAAUGAUGCCUUUACUCUGAUCCAAGGACCGCCAGGUUCGGGCAAAACCAAGACCAUCUGCGCGCUGGUGGGUGCCAUGAUGACAGGUUAUAUCAAGAAGACGAACGACAGUGGUCCACGAUUGAAUGCAGCCACCGGUCGUGCACCACCAAUUCCCCGGAAGAUCCUCGUCUGCGCUCCAAGUAACGCCGCGGUUGACGAACUAGUCAUGCGGUUUAAGUUGGGCGUAACGACGCUGGAUGGCUCCUUUGAACAUCUUUCGGUUGUUCGACUUGGACGAACCGAUGCCAUCAACGCCGGCGUCAAGGACGUCACUUUGGAAGAGCUGGUGAAUGCUAAACUCAAUGUAGCGGCUCCGAGAGACCCGAGAGAAGACAUCCACGCGGUCAUGAUGGAGCACAAGGCAGUAUCUGACGAGUUGAACGCGCUCCGUAACCGGAUCAGUGAACAACGUGGGAAAGGGCAGCCAGUUCCGAUGGCGGACGAACAGCUCAUGGAUGCCCUCAAACGAAAGAAGAAUCAACUUGGCUCCAAGAUUGACGACAUGAGAGAACGUCAGAAUACCGCAUCCCGGGAUAUGGAGCUCAACCGCAAGAGAAUACAACAGGAAAUUCUGGAUUCGGCCCAUGUGCUCUGUGCCACUCUGAGCGGAAGUGGUCAUGAGAUAUUCCAAAGUCUGAACGUGGAAUUUGAGACCGUGAUCAUCGACGAGGCCGCUCAGUCCAUUGAAUUGUCGGCUUUGAUCCCUCUCAAAUACGGCUGCUCUAAAUGUAUUCUGGUUGGUGAUCCCAAGCAGUUGCCGCCUACCGUCCUGUCGCGCGAGGCAGCCAAGUUCCAGUAUGAGCAGAGUCUGUUUGCCCGUAUGGAAAGCAACCACAAGAAAGACGUGCAUCUGCUGGAUACACAGUACCGUAUGCAUCCGGAGAUCAGUCUCUUCCCGAGCAAGAUGUUCUAUGACUCGCGACUGAAGGACGGUGCGGACAUGGCCAAACUUCGUCGAAGACCCUGGCAUCACAGUGAGAUCUUUGCACCGUAUCGCUUCUUCGAUGUCCAAGGAAUGCAUCAGGCAGCACCCAAGGGUCAUUCAUUGGUCAAUAUCGCCGAGUUGAACAUCGCCAUGCAACUGUAUGACCGAUUGGUGAGAGAUGUUCCCAGAUAUGACUUUGCCGGGAAGAUCGGAGUUAUCACUCCUUACAAAGGGCAGCUGAAAGAGCUCAGAUUACGCUUCAAGCAACGAUAUGGCGACGACAUCGUCUCAAAGAUCGAAUUCAAUACCACGGAUGCAUUUCAGGGUCGAGAGAGCGAGAUCAUCAUAUUCUCCUGUGUCCGAGCCUCGACACACGGUAUUGGAUUCUUGAACGACAUCCGGCGGAUGAAUGUGGGUCUCACUCGAGCCAAAUCGUCUCUUUGGGUUCUGGGCAAUUCCCAGUCACUGAUGCAGGGUGAAUACUGGCGUGCUCUAGUCAACGAUGCGAAAGCCAGAAACGUAUACACACAAGGGGAAAUCACCAGCCUUCUCCGGCGCCCGCUGUUGACAGAGGAUAUGAUGAAGGACGACAUUGACAUGAUGGAUGCUGAUGAGCCUGUUGUUGAAACGGCAAAGACCAUUCGGAAUACAGAGCCCGAGUCAAAGCAGCCCACUCCGCCACAGCCGCCGCCGAGAAAGGUCAACAAUGACAUGCCACGGACCGGACCGACUUCGAACCAGGGCACUGAAUUACCGUCUCGACCAAGCGAUAGUCUUUCUCGACCAUCGUCCUCAUCCUCAACCACAAGACCGGAGCCUCAGCGUAGGGUAUCGGCACAGACCGAUCCCAGACGGAACCUUUCUAAAAUGGAGGUCGACGAUGACAAGCAACUGCCUGCUAGCAAAAUGCGGACAGCAGCGGAUUUGAAGGUCGAUACGACACAGGUCAAGACAGGCGUUUAUGGACCCUCAGGAGGCGCAAAUGGCCUCAACGACCUCGCCAAAUGCUCCAUCUGCGGUUCCCACGAGCACUUCACGUCCAACUGUGACAACGAAGAAGCCAGGGCCGCCGCCCAUGGCAUCUGUCAUCGUUGCCAGCAACCUGGCCACAGCUACACAAGCUGCAAUGCCCCUCGAUGCAUGACCUGUGGCGAAAUCGGACAUCUCUCGGACAGUUGUACAGCCCCUCCGGCCAAGCGGUUGACCGAAGCCCAGCGGAAGGAGGUGAGGAGAGAAGAACUCCGGUUUGGAGCCGCGCGAGACAAAGCCAGAGAAAAACGAGCAGAGAAGCAACUCGGCGAACAUGGCGCCAAAAUUCCCGUGGUCAAGACUACCGUGCCGCCUACCAACGGUGUAUCGAACUUGAAGGGCGACGCGGCCAAGAGGAAGAGAGACGCAUCGAGUGAUUCUUCUGAUCGAGGCAAAGUUCCACGCGUCAAUAACGAUGGCAGAAGUUCUGGCGUCGGUGGGAACAAUGGUGUCAACCCCAACAACAAGAACAUCGGCCCUGGCAUGGGUUCUGCUAGGAGUCCUCCAUCCGGCCCGGCCCCUAAGCGACCGCAUCCGCCUAGAACCGGUUCUGGUGGUGGUAAUCCUGGCUCUGGUAAUGGCAACGGCAACAAGGGUAACGGCAAUGGAACCAAGACGAACAACAUGCGUCCUGGGGCUGGUCCGGGAGCGGGAGCUAUUGUUGGUGCUGGUGCUGGUACUGAUUCUCGAUCUGCUGGAGUCCAGCCGUCCCGUCCCGCCGGAUUACCAUCACGGCCACCUGUAUCUGUUGCGGGCGGCCGCUCGGGAACGGUCAAUCACGGUCAACCGAUGGUUAGGAAGAAGAAGACCAAUGCUGCCGACAUGUUCAUGAAGCGGAGGUGA